CACGGCUCGGGCUCGGGCCAGGGCAGGGGCGGGAGCCGCGGGACGAGCGCCUGAGGCGCUCUGGAGGAGCCAUGGAGCUGAACAGCAAGAAGAAGCUGCACGCCCUCUCCCUGGCAGAGAAGAUCCAGGUGCUGGAGCUCUUGGAUGAGUCCAAGAUGUCCCAGUCAGAGGUGGCGCGGCGCUUCCAGGUCUCGCAGCCUCAGAUCUCACGCAUCUGCAAGAACAAGGAGAAGCUGCUGGCCGACUGGUGCAGCGGCACCGCCAACCGGGAGCGCAAGCGCAAGCGGGAGUCCAAGUACAGCAGCAUCGACGAGGCGCUGCUCUGCUGGUACCACGUGGCCCGGGCCAAGGCCUGGGACGUGACGGGGCCCAUGUUGCUGCACAAGGCCAAGGAGCUGGCCGACAUCAUGGGCCAGGACUUCGUGCCCAGCAUCGGCUGGCUGGUCCGCUGGAAACGCCGAAACAAUGUGGGCUUUGGGGCCCGACAUGUCCUGGUGCCUCCGUUCACCCCAGAGCCACCUCCACCAGGCCCCAGGCCCCAGGCCCAGCCACCCCUUUCCCUCAAAGAUUUCUCCGCAGAGGACGUUUUCGGCUGUGCUGAAGUGCCCUUGCUGUAUCGGGCAGUGCCCGGCGGCGGAGUAGGCGCGUGUGACCAAGUGCAGGUGCUGCUGUGUGCCAACAGCCAGGGCACAGAGAAGCGGCGGGUACUGGUCAGUGGGCUCCAGGCAGCCCCCAGAUGCUUCUUUGGGGUCAGCAGUGAGGCUCUGCCCGCUUCCUACCACCCUGACCUGGGCAUCCCCUGGGCAGAGUGGUUGGCACAGUUUGACCAGGACAUGGGGCAGCAGGGCCGGCAGGUUGCCCUGCUGCUGGCUGCACAUGAGGGGAAGGAGUUGGCAGGCCUGCCCGGGCUCUGCCACGUGAGGCUCCUGCCGCUGCCCACCGCCAGCACCACACCUGCCCUGCCCAGCUCCGUGGUCCGGGCCUUCAAGGCCCAUUACAGGCACCGGCUGCUGGGCAAGCUGGCUGCCAUCCAGAGCGAGAGGACUGGUACCUCGCUGGCCCGGGCAGGGGCGGGCAUCACGAUGCUGGACGCCCUGCACUUGGCGGCAGCGGCCUGGGCCAAGGUGUCCCCCCAGCUCAUCCUCAGCAGCUUUGUUCAGGAAGGGCUGGCUCCCUGCCAGGCGCCCCUGUCCCUGGGCAAGGUCACGGAGAUGCCGCCAGUCCCCAGUGGGCUGAGCCACGAGGAGUUUCGCCGCUUUGUGGACCUGGAGGGUGAGGAUCCUGGGCUUGGGGUGUGCAAAGAGGAGCUGGGCACGGAGGACGAGGGAGGGGGCGGAGAGGACGGUUUCGAACCCCUGCCCACCAAAGCUGAUGCCCUGCUGGCCCUGGGCACGCUGAGGAGGUGGUUCGAGUGCAAUGGCGCCUCCCCCGAGCUAUUUGAAAAAUUCUACGCGUGUGAGGAGGAGGUGGAGCGGCUGUGCUGCCUGUGAGGGGCCCUUGCUGCCCGCCCUCCCCUUCUGUUUCCCAUGGAAACGCCCUCAGACGGCUGCGUGGGGGCUGGUCUCUUUCCCGUGGAAAUGGAGCUUCUAUGGAAGGUGCAGAAGAGAGACAAGCUGGGGGACCAAGCGUGCGCUCUGAGCGGAAGUGGGCCAGACCCCAGGAGGAGGGUCUAAAGACGGGGCGCUGGGGGAGCUGGGCUGCCCGGUGGCUUCUGAACCUCUAGGGAGGCCACGACUUGGGAGGGGGUCUUCGGGCUUUGCAGUCAGGCCAACCCCUGAAUUCUGUGUUAAGAACACUUCCGCUUCUGGAAAUAAAGUUUUCAAAUUCCAAAAGAGCUGGGGUGU